ACGUGGUCUUCGCGAUAUUUCCUGAGACCUUUCGGCAUCGUCUGUCUGUACUUCUUUAUCCUGCAGUUCUCGGGCAACAAUGCAAUGACUUUCUACUGUGUCGAGCUGUUGGCAAACAUCUCGGACCCGGCGUACGCGUAUCUCAUAACACUUAUCAUCGAUGCGAUUCGUCUGAUAUUCACUGUUUUCGUGAGCAUUCUUUUGAAAACAUGCCGCAGACGCACCUUGACGUUUAUAUCCGGCUUUGGCGUAGCUAUUAGCAUGCUAUCUUUGAGUGUGUGCUUGAUAUUUGAUAUUGGAAAACCCUGGAGUUCCGUAGUUUUACUCAUUACUUACAUCGUAUUGCUGUCACUGGGAGUGAUCCCCCUACCUUGGUUGAUUUGCGGUGAACUGUUCUCGAGGAAGUAUCGUGGGCUCGGCUCUGGAAUAACGUCCAGCUUCAACUUUAUGUGUUUCUUUGUGGUGAUCAAGACGAUGCCGCUUAUGAUGAAAAAUAUUAAGCCUGAAGGUACAUUCGCCGUUUACGGGUUCUUGACGUUGAUCGGGUGCAGUAUUUUAUACUUUGUUCUUCCGGAAACUAAGGACAAAACCUUGCAGGAAAUUCAGAAAUAUUUUGACAAGAAAUCUCACACACCGAAAACAGAAGAUGUGAAUGUGCCGCAUCAAGAGUGUGUUUCUUCGGAGAAAAACGAAUUGGAUAAGAAAAUGCCGCUUGAUAAAUAGCGAUCACUUAAUGAAUGGGUUACAGAAUACCUCUAAUAUGUAGAUACAUGUUAGUAUACAUCAUAAUAUAUUUAUAUAUUAUGAAGAUUCAUAAUUUAUGAAUAUAUUAUGAUAAUUUGUAUUAAUAUAAGUACUUUGAAUUAAUAUAUUCGUAUUAAUAUACGACGUUCGAAUAGAGAGUAGAUUUUAUUUUAGGACGGAAUUGUUUCAUUAGCCACUUUCUUACAAGUAUGAUAUGCUGUAUUGAUAUACAUACUGUAUUAGCAUGAUAAAGUAGAGGUCUGUGUCACACAUUACGUUUUCUCUUUCUUUUUAAAAAAUGUAUAUGAUUUGUAAAUUGAGACUCGAACGUUGAGACUUAACUUUAGCGACGAUGAUGUAUUUGACGGUAAUUGUACGCGCGAAACUGUGUAUCUUUACGCGAGCCGGCGUGUCGCAAGCUUUGUCUACUCGACAUUAUCAAAUUUCAAUAACGGCAAAACCAAUCAACUUCUAAGUAGGUUCAAUCGAUAGCUUAUGUUUCAAUUGCA